AAUGCAGCCCAGUGCAUGCCUUGACGUCCACUUCCAACAUUCUCGCCCUGGAGUGAUUCAUGUUGUCCUGAAUGCAGACAGGUACACCCUGUGCUCAAAAAACUGCAAAGAGAAGUCCCAAUUAUCAGUUCGUUUUCGGGCGCAGACAUGCCCGACUCUGCAUCCAAUGAGCCCGGAUCGAAGGUUUCGGAUCCUCAACAUUCCCAGAAACUCCUCAGGGUUCUUCGCACCUUCUGGCAGGAGCAAAGUUUCCACGAUGCGUUGCUGGUGGUGGAUGGAGAGGAGCUUCCCGUCCAGAAAAACAUCCUGGCUGCUGCCAGUCCUUAUAUCAGAACCAAGCUGAACUACAACCCUCCUAAAGAAGACGGCUCCACGUACAGGAUCGAGCUGCAGGGCGUCUCCAUGGCGAUCAUGAAGCAGAUCCUCGACUACAUCUUCAGCGGUGAAAUCACUCUGAGCGAGGAAACCAUCCAGGAGAUGGUCCAGGCGUCCGACCUGCUCCUCAUGACCGACCUGAAGUUCCUGUGCUGCCAGUUCCUGGAGAGCUGCAUCACCGCCGAGAACUGCAUCGGCAUCCGGCUCUUCUCCCUGCACUACUGCCUUUACCACGUCCACUACGCCGCCACCGAGUUCCUGCAGACGCAUUUCCGCGACGUGGCGUUGACCGAGGAGUUCAGGGAGCUGCCGCCGGACCGGCUCCGAGAGGUGCUGGGCAUGGAGAAGCUGAACGUCGGCAACGAGAAGCACGUUCUGGAGGCCGUGGUGAGAUGGUUCGGCCACGAUCCGGACGACCGCAGGGUGCACAUGAGGGAGGUGAUGUCUGCCGUGUGGCUGCAGGGCUUGGACGUGAGCUACCUGAGAGAGCAGACCAUGGGGGAGCCGCUGAUGAGGGAGGUGAUCAGAGAAUACUGUCAGCCGGUUUUAUCGGCCGGUCAGCUGCAGGGAGCGGACAUGUUGGCGGCCUUCAAACCCAGAGGAUACUCGGAGUGUAUCGUCAUCGCAGGAGGAGAAGAUCGCCAGAGCAGGAAGCCGACGGCCGCCACUCGCUGCAUGUGUCCGCUGUACGACACCAACAGACAGAACUGGAUCGAGCUGCAGCCGAUGAGCGUCGCCAGAGUCGGACACGGAGUCGUCGCCGCCGAGGGUUUUCUGUUCGCGAUGGGAGGAACCGAUGAACACAACGCAGUUCUGGGCGGCGGAGAGAAAUACGACCCCGACUCCAACAGCUGGAGCUCCAUACCACCGAUGCUGCAGGCUCGGCAGAACUUCGGCGUGGUGGAGCUGGACGGUCUGAUUUACGUCCUGGGAGGAGAGAACGACGUGACGGAGCUGAUCACGGUGGAAGUGUUCGAUCCCCACUGCAGCACCUGGAAGAUGCAGACCAGCAUGACGAUGAUACGAAAGGUCGGCUGCUACGCCUCCAUGAAUAAGAAGAUCUACGCCAUCGGUGGAGGCUCGUAUGGGAAACUGUUUGACUCAGUCGAAUGCUUUGACCCUAAAACUCAGCAGUGGACGGGCCUUUGUCCUCUGAAAGAAAGACGGUUCGGUUCUGUUGCCUGCGGUGUCGGUCAGGAGCUCUACGUGUUCGGUGGAGUCAGAAGCCAAGAAAACGAAAACCCUGAACAAAGACAAAUGAUGACCUGCAAGUCCGAGUUCUACCACGACGAGAUGAGGAGGUGGAUGUUCCUGGACGACCAGAAUUUGUGCAUCCACACAAGUUCGUCUUUCGUUUACGGCGCCGUUCCCAUCGGAGCCAGCAUCUACGUGGUGGGAGACCUGGACACGGGCGCCAGCUUCGACUACAUCCGGGAGUUCCGUCGCAGCACCGGGAGGUGGCAGCGAACCAAACCCAUGUUCCCCAGCGACCUGUCGAAGACCGCCUGCGCCUCGCUGAGGAUCGCCAACUGUCGGCUGUUUCGCCUCCAGCUGAACCAAGGGAUGUUCAGGAUCCGAGUCUGAGUCUGCAACACCGGUACCGUUUUACGGAAACGUACAAACACUGAAAGGUUCUAGUCGUGUUGAAGAUCGUGACUCCGUUCGACUCGACGGGACGAAAGUUCAUCUUUUUUUCUUUCUUAAGCAAACCCAAGUAUGUUUUAUUUUUUUAACGCGGGACUUGUUCAUUUUUAGGUUUUAUUUUAAUGGACAUUCCUCGUUUGUGAUGUUUACUGGUGAAAGAUUUUAAUUGUGGGGCAGAUCCAGUUUAAGUCAGCCUGCUGGGUUUCCCAUGAAUGUGCCCGUUGUGUCGCUAUGCUACAUGCUAACUUUGCACUUUCAGAUGUAGAGAUUUGAAUGAGGCGUUGCGUAAAAACGGCGUAUAUUUGGAGCAAAAACUGUAGUUUCCCUUCACCUGUCCCCAAAAAACUUUGAUUUCUGUCUAAAUUUAGUUGUUUUUGUCAAUUUGACUAAAAGGAGCUGCACAGCGGUGUAGUGGUUAGCACUUUCGCCUUGCAGCAAGAAGAUCCCCGGUUCAAAUCCCGGCCUGGGAUCUUUCUGCAUGGAGUUUGCAUGUUCUCCCUGUGCAUGCGUGGGUUUUCUCCGGGUACUCCGGCUUCCUCCCACAGUCCAAAAACAUGCUGAGGUUAAUUGAUUACUCUAAAUUGCCCAUAGGUGUGAUUGUGUGUCUGUAUAUGUAGCCCUGUGACAGACUGGUGACCUGUCCAGGGUGUCCCCUGCCUUCACCCGAGUCAGCUGGGAUAGGCUCCAGCCCCCCCCAUGACCCUAGUGAGGAUAAAGCGGUGUACAGGGAAUGGAUGAAUGGAUGGAUGGAUGACUAAAAGGAAACGCCUACUAUGAACAUUUUCCAAACGUGUCCUUUCAGGGAUUCUUGCCAUCAGACCUAAUAACUAAUAUAUUCAUCCACUGGUUAGCGUCCACAUUUGUGAGUGUUCAGAGUUUUCCUGCUUCAAAAAUCACUGCAAAGUCUGAAUUAUAUUCAUAUUUAUUAAGUAAAAGUUUAACCAAAAUGCUGCACAGUUAAAACGGCUCAGACUAGAAGAUAAAUCCAAAUAAAAGUUGAAGUCAGAAUGUGAAAUUCUGCUUAAAUUGAUGGAUUCUGUUACUGCUUACUGACCCGAUACUUUACCUUUACUCUUAUCUGUACUUUUUGAUUGUUUUAUGAGGAGAAAAACCCUCAAAAUGAAUCAAGCACAGAAUUAUUUCCUCAGACAUGCCGUAUAUAAAUGAACAGUCUGCCAUAAAAUUGUUCUGAACCCAUCACUAUUAUAAACUAUAAUGUUAUAGCAAAUAUGUAAAACACAGAUAAUAAUUAUUUACAGGAAAAGAAAGCAAACGUUUGAGCAAAUCACUUCAUAGACACUAAUGUUGUGUGCAGAAUUAAAGCUCCACUUUGACCAGAUAUACAUAAAUGUCUGCACAUUGUGUUGAUAAAACCUCUUUUACUCUUCACUGUUAGGUAUAAAAUGAAUGCAGGACUUUUAUUUUGACAGUAUGUUUGCUGUUAAAUGUGAAUAAUGUUAUGAAGAGAACAGUUAAAACACUUAUUCUGACACUAAUGCUAAUAUUCAAUUACAGAAACAGUGAAAAUAAAGAAGAGUUUGUCUACAGCCCUAAAACCGCUAAAUCCUUCUGUGCUCUGAAAGUGACACUAAAAUUCUGAAUUAAUGAACACAGUUAAACAAACAGCUGCAGAAUAACUACUUAAUCAUUAACCCAUGUUCAUAUAAUUUAAUUAACUCUGUGUGCAAGCAUAACAUACCUGGUUAGUGAGGGGUGAACUAUGAGCUCAGGAUCUGGAAAGCAAAAAUCUUGUUUUAUGGUGUAACAGAACGUCAGAGCUCAUUGAUCCUCUGGUAUUUAAAAAAUUAGCCCUAGGAUGGUAAAUAAAGUGGUGCCACGUCUUUUAAACCUUGAAAACAAGCAACAAAGUCUUAAAAUCAAUCUUGAAACCAACACAAAGCGUAAAGGGAGAGAAGGUACGAAAUAUGAAACCAGAUAUCCAGCACAUAAAUUCCAUUUUUCUUGUUCUAAUAUGAGCUUUAGUUCCAGUUGUUCUUCGUCUUUAAUACCAGCUGAUGUCUUAUAAAAGUCAGACUCUCACAUAAAAAGCAAGCCAGUAAAUGCAUAUGCAGGUGAUCAGGUCAAAAAGACAGAAAUGUCAUGCAUUUAGUGGUUUAUAUUUAUGUUUAGAGGAGGUUGGGGUGGUUGGACGGGUCAACAUAACGUCAGAUGUUAACACUGGAGGGGUUGUCUUUAACCGGGACCAUAAUCAGCCCCCAACUUUAACCAUGCAAAGCGGCUAAGGAGGGAUUUAACCACUAAUUUGGAAACUUUUAGAUAUAUCAAUCUAAAAUUUAGCGAAUAUCUUUAUAAACAUCCAAAUUUUGCCCUAAAAUUUCAGGCAAGUCACAUUUGGACGUGGCUAAUUCCUGCACUUUAUAGAUAAAUCCAUUUAAAAGUAAAUCUAAGUAAAGUAUAUUCAUCUAUGAACUCAGAUAUGUGAUGAAUUCGCAUAUCCUUUGUAGAAAUAAGGAUGUUAAGGUGUCUGAACGAGUAAAAACAAUUCCAGGCUUUUAGAGGAAAUUACCCAGUGGUGGUUUAUUUUAAUGUUUAGAGGAGGUUGGAGUGGAUAGACGGUCAACAGAAUGUCAGACUUUAACAUUGAAAGGAUUUUAUUUAUUAACCUUUUUUUUAAGUAAAACAGUUGGACGUGGCUAAUUCCUGUACUUUCUAGAUAAAUCCAUUUAAAAGUAAAUCCAGUUGAAAGUAUAUUCAUCUAUAAACACAGAUAUGGGAUGAAAUGUCAUGUCCUGUACUAAAACACUGAUGCUAAGGUGCCUAAACAGGUAAAAAUGUUUAGGCUUUUAGAAGAACUUACCCAGUGUUGGUUUAUUUCUGUGUUUAGAGGAGGUUGGGGUGGACGGACGGGUCAACAAAACAUCAGAGAGAUUUUCUUUAACUGUGACCAUAACUGGCCCCUAACUUUAACCAUGCAAAGCAGCUAAACGGGGAUUUUUAACCUUAAACAAGUCAUUUUUGUGCCUAAACCGUCACAGCUUUGGAUUCACAGCCAAAGAUUCCACUGAAUGUCUCCUUUUUAAAUCACACAAGCACCUUUAGUGCCACCACUGUAUCUGCACAAGCUGCUUAAAAGUCCUGCUGAAUCCUGCACGCUGUAGAAAAUCCCUAAAUGAUGUAGUAGAUGAGCAAGUGCACCGACUGGAGAAUCAGAAAAUAACUUAAAAAUUUCACUUGGUGUAGCUAGCUCUAGGCUCGAGGUGUUUGCUGGACUGAGCUGUCCGGACGCCGCCUGCUCAGAAAUGGCGUCCUGGACGUGUCGCCGCCUUCGUGGCCUCUGACUCGGCUUUACGGUCGCUGCAGUUUUGGCAUCUGUGGACCUCGCUUGUUCCGAGUUUCAGCUGCUGCCGUCCGUCGUUGGAUCAGCAAAAGUAAACACACUUUAGUGCAGCUCAUGCCGUGUUGACUCAGACACACCUCUUCAUGUCGGGCCACACAGCUCGACUUAGUCGGACUGAAGGCCGAUGCAUAGUGAUCUUUAACCCUCUCAACUCCAAACGGCUUAUGGACCUGUUUUUGCACAUUUUUUCUCACUGUAGGCUCGUUUUUUUAAAGUUCUGCACCUAGAACAGAGAAUGGAGAAUGACAGAAAUCAUAAAGAACAAAACAGUUAGUGGUCAUUUAACGGUAAAUAUCACAUGCUGUAGAUAUUUCGCUAUUUAUUUAUUUACAUUUUUAACAGUUCUACCAACUCUGGAUUUUCACUUUUCUCUGCAGAUGUGUCUCCAUGCUGAAUGUAUCUUCCAACCACUCGCUCCUCUGUUCACUGUUUCUGCUGCAUUUAUUCUAUUGAUCCAGUGUGUUCUAUUUCCUCGCCGUCUCCUCUUUGCUCUGUGGAAACACCGCCUGCACUUCAACCUGAAGCCUGUUGGUCACAGCUGAGACGCUCAUGGCUUCCCAGUUGUCCAACAUUUUUUAGUUUUUUUCAUGAUCUGUUCAGUGCAAAUGGUUAAUUUUUGGUAGAUUCAUUAUUUUUUUUAGGCUUCGAUUUAGCAAAUUUUCCACUAGAACUGCACUCCAAACAUGUUUCGUUCAAGGGCUGUUGCAAAGAAAAAAUACCUUUCAAGCCUGCUAGCACACUUUCAGUUUGAGACAGUUAAUUGGGUGGUACAGCAGGUAGUGUUGUCAUUUGAGCUACUAUUUCUACUAUUGGUGCAGUUUUCACCAAUGAAGUUGUUGUACAUUUUAGAGAUGGUAAUGACUUGGUUUUUUACAGGAUCUGUUUGGUGCAAACGGUAAAUUUUUGGUAGAUUUCUGAAUUUCCGGUCAAAUUUUGGUGCAAUUUUAAGCGUAGAUGGAGCACAUUUUCCCAAUAGAUCUGCACUUCACACAUGAUCUGUUUAAGGACUGUUAGAAAGAGGGCUUUUUAAAAAUGUUUUUGUUGCUUUAUGGCUACUAAUUGGUGUCAAGAAAACAAUUCCCUUUAUUCCUGCUAGCACAAUGUCAGUUUCAGACAGUUAAUUGGUGCAGUACACUUUGAGCUACUAUUUGUACCAUUAGUGCACUUUUCACCAAUGAAAAGUUGGUGUAUAUUUUACAGAUGGGCCUGGCUUCCCAGUUGUGCUGAGGAGACGACUUUUUUUUUUUUUUUUUUUUUUUUAAAGGAUCUGUUCAGCGCAAACAGUAGAUUUAUGACAGAGGUAUGCAGAACAAAGAGAUUUUGGUGAAAUAUCACAUUUUUAAGCUAAAUUUCCCCCAAUAGGACUACACUCACCACACGAUCUGUUGAAGGACUGUCGAAAAGUGGUUAUUAUUUUCUGUUUUAUUGUUUUAUGGCGAUUAAAUGGUGUGAAGAAAACAAUGCCUUUCAAGCCUGCUAGCAGGUUCUUGGUUUCUGAGAGUUAAUUGGGUGGUACAGCAGGUAGUGUUGUCAUUUGAGCUACUAUUUGUACCAUUAGUGCAGCUUUCGCCAAUGAAAAGUUGGCGUAUAUUUUAGAGUUUUUUUUAAUAUAUGUGGAGCACAGAGGGAAAGACGUAAGAAAAUUUUACGCAAAAGCUUUAUUUUAUAAAUGAGACACUUAGAAUAAGGUGAUUUUGAUUAAAUAACAUUUUAAACUUAGAUUGAAUUGUUGUAUUAACACGUGUAACAUGAUACGUUGAAGCACUGUCAAGAAGAGAACAUAAAAAUUAUUUCAUAAUUUAGCAGCAAGAUUUUGACUGAUAAAUGGUCAUUUUGGCUUUUUGGUUUUCAACCCUACAAGUUGUUUUUUUAUGUUCAGAUGGUUGAACUGUUCUUGCUUGAGCAACACAAGAAUGUCAGAUAAUUGUAUUUUUUUUUCAAUACUGAAUUAACUAUAUAGUCAGUUUUAGCUGGAUUCACGUGAAGUCACUUCUGUUACUGCAACCAUCGAAGAAAACGUGAUAAAUUAACAUUUAAACACACAAUCUAGGAUCCAAAUCUAAACAAACAUCAGUUUGAAUUAGAGCUACAACAGAUAUUUAAUGAGUUGUUAACCAUUAAAUUAAUCACCAGCAGUUUUGAUAAUCUAUUCAUCGGUUUGAGUAUUUUUAAAUAGAGGAGAAAAAUUUACAUUCUGUGAUUGCAGCUUCUUAGAUGUGAGUAUUUUCUAGUUUCUUUCCUCUUCUUUGACAUGAAACUGGAUGUCUUUGAGUUGUGAGACUGUAAACUCACUCAGAAGAUGUUUACUGAGGAAACAAAUCAAGUAAGAAAGGUCACUUUCUCAUAGACUUCUGUAAUUAUUUUGCAAUCAGAAGAGUCGCCUCCUGCUGGAAGGAUUGUGUUUCUGUAGUAGAGGAGGCUACUUUUUAGGCCUACAGUUGUAGGACCACAUUUCUAGGACCUUUGUUUUUGUAACAAUACUAAUUGGCCAUGAUGGAUGAUGAUCAUAGCAUAAAUGUAAAUUUUUUUUUUUUAUUAAUUUUUACCAGUUUCGAUGUCUACAGUUGGUGAGCAAAGUUAGCUUGCCAAAAUGUGGUGGUAGUCUUAUGGAACAGCAAACAGCUAAUGAUACCUUGCUUCAAAAUUAGCUUGUUUAUCGAAGUGCUAUUUUGGCUCGUCCAACUUUGUUUAAUGCAAAUUAAAAACUGACAAAGUGCUGACCAGCUGUUUACCCCACAAUGUGUGUCGUCAGCCAGUCUUUUCAUUUUGACAUUGGUUUAGACUUUUUUUAGGCAAUGUACGGUGAUUACGUGGACACAAAUUAAAUCCAGGACAGAAGAUUCUAAAAGUUUUUGGUCCAGUACUAAGAUUAGGCCUAAUUUAAUAUAACCAGCUAUGCUUUUUAAAGAUGCACAGAAUGAUUCAAGAAGUGUGAUUUUUGUCCAGUUUCAACAGAUGCAUCACAUACUGUUGCUCUACUUGAGUAGUGUUUUGAACUUUAAAUCCAUAACUAAUACUAUUUUGGGUGGAAUAACCCUUUAAAACUGUAAGUUACCUACUUGAGUGAUCAACAAAAACAAAGGUCCUACUACUGCCGUCCUGAAACUGCAGCCAUAUAACUUCUGAAUGUUACCAAGAAAGCAGGUUUAAGGCUUCACUUUUUAGAUUCGUCUUUUUUUAAACGCAACUGAACCUGAAACGGAGUAAGAACGGGUGACUAUUGAGGCCUGUGAAUAUUCUGCCUCUUUAUUUCUGGCACACAUUCCGUCGUGUCUUAUCAUUUACAGUAAAUAUUACCGAGCUGCUCUGUAUAUACUAAACAUCACUUGUUCUGACACCUCAUGACGGACUGUGUUGUGAUUCACUGGGAGACUCCAUAAAGGGAAAAUAGUAGCAGUCAAACCUGAAAAUAGUCAACUCAAAGUCGCAUUGCGUAAGACGGGGAGUGAAGAAUGUUGUUUCAGUUUGUACUUUUGUAACUGAUGCAUGAGGAAGUUUUGUAAGAUGUUGAUGCUCAUGACUGUCAUUCACUUGCGUCAAAGGAAUUAAAUCACCAAAGUGGUCAAACACGU